GAAGGUUUAAAGAUCAGGAUGAUGAAGAGGCGACUUUUAGAGCACUCUAUUGCUAGAUGCACGAGGAAGUACUUGACUAAAGGAACACAACGAAUCGUUGCGCAUCUGAAUUUUAGUGAGUCGUUGGUCAUCGUCCCUUUUUUUUUGCUGCGAUGGAUACCGAUGUCGAAUCCUGUUUAAAAGAUUGGAACGACCUAGCACAAGAUUACAAGGAAUUAGAAGCAUUGAAUAAAGAAUAUCUUGCAAAAUUAGAGGAAGUAGGAGAACUUCAAGCAAAAUGUUUAAAAGGAAUUUCUCAUCAGAAAUACCGGAUGAGUGUAAUAUCAAAAUCACUCAAACAAUUACAUGCAAGCGAAGCACAAAAAAGUUUAAGCAAGGAGAUGGCUAAAAGAGAGCAACAGUUACAUGAAAUGGAACAAAUCUUACCAAAACCAAAUGGCACAUAUCUUCAAAUUAUUUUAGGCAAUGUUAAUGUUUCUAUAUUAAACAAAAAUGAUAAGUUUAAAUAUAAAGAUGAAUAUGAAAAAUUUAAAUUGGUUCUUUCUGUAAUUGGUCUUAUUUUAUCUGUGCUAAAUCUGGUAACUAAUAUCAGAACUUUGGAACUUAGUUUUAUGUUCCUUUUAGUCUGGUAUUAUUGUACACUGACAAUAAGAGAAAGUAUAUUAAAAGUAAAUGGUUCAAGAAUAAAAGGCUGGUGGAGAUUUCAUCAUUUCCUCUCAACUGUAAUAUCUGGUGUUUUAUUAGUAUGGCCUAACAUAGGGCCGUGGUAUGCAUUUAGACAACAAUUUAUAUGGUUCAAUGUUUAUAUCAGUGUAGUACAAUCCUUGCAAUUUUUCUACCAGCGGGGUGUUUUAUAUCGAUUAAAAGCAUUAGGUGAAAGGCAUAAUAUGGAUAUUACAAUCGAAGGUUUCCACUCUUGGAUGUGGCGCGGAUUAUCGUUUCUAUUGCCAUUCCUUUUCGUUGGAUAUAUAUUUCAGUUAUACAACGCAUAUGUCUUAUUCACAUUAAUAUCCUAUCCAGAAGCUACAUGGCAUGUCCCAGUUCUUAGUGGCAUGUUCUUGGUAUUGUUCCUAGGUAAUACAAUAACAACUAUUAUGGUAAUUCGUCAAAAAUUAAGAGAACGCGUAAAAUACCAUUUUGCUGGAGUGUUUUCCUCUAAAUUCGAACGUAAAAAGGAAAUAAAUGUAGAAAAAGACAUGAAAGCUCAGAAAUGCGAAUAAAAUAAAAUUGACGAAAGCAAAUGUGAUAAAAAGAUUAAAUGUAAAAUAAACAUUCACAAAUGUGAAUUAGAAAAAUGCAAAUGUUGGAGGAAAAAACAAUGGAAAAAUGCAAAUAAAAUAAAAAAUAAGUCUAAUUAAUGAAUUCAAACCAAAAAUAAACAAAGUACUUCAAAAUUCUUUCUUCCAUGUAUUGUCAUCUUUCUCUCACUUUCAUUAGACACAAGCUGCAUUUAAAAUAUAUUAACCUGCAAUAUAGAAAUGAAUUCUUUGAAAGUAUUCUUUUUGUAUGUCUUUUCAUAUGUUAACAAACUUUUGCAUAUUUUCAAUGUUUAUUUUUAUAGAUAUCAACAUGAUAUAAAUUUAGACGUGCUUAUUUUUUUAAAUAAAAUUAAAAUAUAUUUGUGCACUUUCUCAAUAUACCAAUUUCAUGUAAAAAAUCAUCUAAUUUUUAUUCAUCUUAUUAAAUUAUUAGAUUAAAAUUUAUUAAAUGGUUUUUAAGAAUGUUAUAUUUUAUACUUAGUAAAGUUCAUGUUGAAAUUUAAGUUUACAAUUUGAAAGUACAAACAAAUUUUUAUUGCUCUAAACACAAAUAUAUAUUCUACUAAGUAAAAAAGAAAAAUGAUUUUAUCUACAAAAUUAUAUUCACAUAAAGACACAUAAGUACAUAUGUGUACAUUGUGCGCCUGUGUGUGCGUGUCAUUAUGUAUUAUUAUGAUAAUUUAAUCAAAAUAAUAUAUCUUCGUGCACACACCUGUGUGCUCAUUAGCUACUCAUAUUACAAUUAAUAGUCAUUUAUAAUUAUUAUGCAUGACACAUCGCAUAUUUAUGUAACAUGAAUUUAUUUGUUUUGUUUUUAAUAUAUUUAUUAAAUUAUAUAUGUAAAUAGAAAUAUGUAAUAUGCCUAACAUUAAAUAAAAACAACAAUUUCCAAUAA